AAUUUAGUUCCAAGUAUAUUACAAGUCUCUAAAUUAGGUUAUCACACCAGGUGGAACGUUGUUGGGAUAUAUAUAUAUAUAUAUACCUUUACCAAUUAUUCAUUUUAGGUCAUGACUAUGAACAUGAUCAAGCAAAUGUUAGUGCCAAAUGUGAAUUUGAAUUCUGGUCAUAAAAUGCCUCUUAUAGGGAUGGGAACAGCACCUUCCUUACCACAACAUGAUCAAUUAGUGUCAACACUGAUAGAUGCCAUUGAAAUCGGUUAUCGUCACUUUGACUCAGCCGCGGUCUAUGGCUCUGAGGAAGCACUUGGCCAAGCAGUGGUGGAAGCCAUACAACGCGGACUAAUUAAGAGUCGUGAACAAGUCUUUAUUACGUCUAAAUUAUGGUGCACGGAAACUCAUCGCCACCUUGUUCUUCCUGCCUUAAAAAGAACUCUUGGGAGGCUCAAGAUGGAUUACUUGGAUUUAUACCUAAUACAUUUGCCAGUGACAAUGAAGAAGAAGGUUAAUAGUAAGGAUGAUGAAAUGAGGGUUGAUAAAGAGGAUAUAAUUCCAUUUGACAUGAGAGGGACAUGGGAAGCCAUGGAAGAAUGUUGUAGAUUAGGUCUAGCCAAAUCUAUUGGUGUCUCCAACUUUACAUGCACUAAGCUCUCUCAAAUCCUACACUAUGCUACCAUUCUUCCUGCAGUAAACCAAGUGGAAAUGCAUGUUGCAUGGAGGCAGGAGAAGAUGUUAGAGUUUUGCAAGGAAAAAGGAAUACAUGUGAGUGCAUGGUCUCCACUUGGAGCUAAUGGGAUAACUCCUUGGGGCACCCAUUCUGUUAUGGAGAGCCCUGUCCUUAAAGAUAUUGCCAUUCACAAACGCAAGAGCGUUGCUCAGGUGGCAUUAAAAUGGGUAUAUGAGCAAGGAGCUAGUGUAAUAGUGAAGAGUUUCAACAAGGAAAGGAUGAAAGAGAACCUACAAAUUUUGGAUUGGGAAUUAAGUAAUGAAGAAAUAGCUCAAAUUCAAGAGAUUCCUCCUUGCACUGGAUUUAAAGUUGACAUGGUUUUAGUUCAUCCAAAUGGACCAUACAAAUCUGCCGAUCAAUUCUGGGAUGGUGAGAUAUAGAAGUCAUAAUAUUAUAUUUUUUCGUAAACAAAAUAAUUAUAUUAAGAAAAAAAGAUUUAAUGGACCCCUAUGCGUUUGUAUUGUGGAUCCUUUUACCUAACACUUUACCAUUUUAAUCUUUAAAUUACUUAAUCAAACGAUGAUUUUUAAA